UCAGUAAAGUGAAAGUAGGUGGAUAGAAGAGAGAAAAAACAACAAACGCACACGGAAGGCGCAGACUUAUAUCUCUUACGUGUGUUAAAACAGCUGGCGUCGAAAUCAGUGUUUGCACACUAUGGCGCUGUGGGCGCAAAUUUUCCCACAAUUACAGUACAUACCAACUGAGACGCUGAAUGAACUCUACACAGAACCACUCCCUCUGGAUGUCAGACAUUAUCUGGCCAGCUGGAUAGAGGAUCAGAUAUGGGAGGAAUUUGAUCUAGACAACAUGGAGCAGGAGCCCCGGGCCCGAAUACUGUUGGAUCAGAUGGUGUGUUUGCUGCAGGAGGUGGCUCAAAAAAACCCUAAUGUGGUGGAGAAGGUCAAACUACAACAUUGCAGCAAGAAAUUGAGCGUGUACCAGGCACAACCCAUGCAACUUGUGAGGAUGGUUCGAGAUAUGCUAAGGAAAGAAAGACUCAUGUUAAGACAGGGUAUUGGCUUCCCACCCUUUCAGCCCAUGACUGGGGGUGCUCCAGCUGCCAAUGGCACCCCACAAUCUGUAAGCGAGGAUCAUAAGGCUGAUGUGGACAAUCUGGUGCUCAAAGUUUUGGAAAUUCAGAACUGCCGACAAACGCUUUAUCAGCUACAAGAGGAUUUGAAUUGGGAAAAGCAGGAAAUAGAGCCCAUGCAAGUUCAAAAUGAUUUGGAUCAACAGCAUUCGGAUCAAGUCAUUAGACAGAAUCGCAUAAAGCAGCUUGAGUACAACUUUUCAGUUAGUGCAAAGAAGCGUGUGCAGCUUCUUCAGGAGGCCGUGUACGCCCUGGAGCAGUGCCAGUCCUGUCUUAUUCUCAGAAUUAAGUCCUGGAGGUGGGAACAGCACCGAGCAACCAUUGGCGUGCACUUCGAUGACAACCUUGGCUCUCUGCAGACAUGGUGUGAGCAGUUGCUUGGGGUGAAUAGUAAUCUGAAGCAGGAGCUCAUGUUGAUGAAGGCUGACCACGGAGAGGCUGAAGAGUUUCACACGUUGCAGGAAAGCCUGGCACUUCUGCUCCAGACUCUCAUACAGAAUUCAUUGGUAGUAGACAAGCAGCCUCCCCAGGUCAUCAAAACCCAAUCCAAGUUUUCCUCCACUGUACGCUAUCUGCUGGGAGAGAAGAUGGUCCCUGGAAAACCCGUUGUAUUAAAAGCGCAGAUUAUUACUGAGGCGCAAGCAAGAAACCUAGGACAACAAAGUGUCAUACCCAAUGAAAAUGUUGGUGAUCUUCUCAACUACACGGCUAUCUUAGAACACAACACCGCUAGCAAGAGCACAUGUGCUACCUUUAGAAACAUGUCCAUAAAGAGGAUCAAACGAGCUGACAGGAAAGGCUCUGAAUCAGUGACAGAGGAAAAGUUUGCUUUGUUGUUCAACACAGAAAUAACCAUCACUGGCUGUGAGAGCUCUUAUCACAUUCAGACAAUCUCUCUUCCUGUGGUUGUAAUUGUACAUGGUAGUCAGGAAAUCAAUGCUAUGGCGACCAUCAUAUGGGACUGCGCCUUCUCUGAGCCUAACAGAAUACCGUUCGUCAUUCCGGAGCGUGUGCCCUGGAAGCAGAUGUGUGAAGCUCUUAGCAAUAAGUUCAUGUCUGAGGUGCAGACGCACCGGGCCUUGGACAGAUACAACCUUCAUUUUCUUGCACAGAAGAUCUUUGACCAGCCAGACAUUGCUCAAGAUUUCGGAGAUAUACCUGUGUCCUGGGCUCAAUUCAACAAGGAAGUUCUGCCUGGUCGAAACUUUACCUUCUGGCAGUGGUUUGAAGGGGUGAUUGAUCUUACGAAGAAAUGCCUGAGAGACUAUUGGACUGAUGGAUUGAUUUAUGGCUUCAUUGGAAAACAUCAUCUCCAUGUCCUCCUCCAAAACAAGCCCAACGGCACCUUUCUUUUGCGCUUUAGUGACUCAGAAAUGGGCGGCAUCACCAUUGCCUAUGUGGGUCCCAGUGAGAAUGGAGGCAGGAAAAUCCAGAAUAUCCAACCUUUCACCAAAAAGGAUCUGGACUCAGCUGGCCUUGGUGACCGCAUACGGGAUAUUAGUUGUAUCUCUUAUGUGUAUCCAGACUUUAAAAAGACUGAUGUAUUUAAAAAAUUCUUUACAGUGAUUUCCCCCCCUAAUCCUGAUGGAUACCUGCCAUUCAAACUAACAACAGUAGUCAACCCAGGAGACCUUAGCUCCUCCACUCCCAGCAUGCCACCUCAGACUGACCUCGCUCCGGAUUUCUCUAUUGGCCCAGACUAUGGACUAACUAUGAAUCAGAAUCAUUUCCCACCGCAUCCAAGUAAUUGUACACCCACAUAUAUGUCAGACCCCAUGUCUGUUCCAGGACCAAUCUACCCACCAGCCAUGCCACUAGCUCCCUCAGAUGACAUGGAUUCGCUGGAUGAAAUUUUGGAUCAAUUUUAGGUACAUCAUUAAGAGGUACAGUCCCACUGUUGCUUGUGGAGAUCUAUCAAAUGGCUUGGAGCUUCAUGGACUUCCAGAGCAAUUCAUAUGUCCUAAAAUGACACAUCACCCAUUUGCUCUAAAAACAAGUGUAUCUGUAGGGAUGGAAAUUAUGGCAUGGAUUGCAUAAACAACUCGGCAUCACACUCGCUUCCUCCCGCAAAUAAAAAAACACGCAGUUUAAAGGACCAGUGUGUUUAACUCAAUAAUAAUAUGUAGUAAUAAUAAUAAUGUUUAAUAGCAACUUGUAUAAUUUCUAUGAGAAAGCAGGUGAAGUGUUGGCAAAAAGAGCCUUUGCGCAUUAGCUUUUAGUACCUAAACUGCUUAGUCAUUCCCUGUUUCUGUCAAAUGAAAUCUCUUGAAAGCAGCAUUUUAACUGACAAGUGAAACAGGAAAUUGUUUGCUAUCAAGUGGUUGUAUUUUCCAUUGAACUCACACAUUUGUGUAUACCAGAAGUUUUUUUUAAUGAUAGUUAUGAUCAUCAUAAAACAUAUUUAGCAUAUUUCAGUGUGGUUAUGUCACCAGAGUAGAUUAACAAUGUCCUGAAUGAGACAGACACAGAUUUGGUGAGGUAAGCAGAAAUGAAUAGCAUCACAUGUGCUCUUUUAGACACAGACAAAAGUUUUAUUAAACUAUAUGCAAUUAUUACUUUUGUACCAUUUUUGAUAUAAACAGUUUUUCACUCAGCUGUUUUAUUUGCAUGAGUUUUUUGUAAUGAAAUUUUCAAUAUUUAGUACUCAUAUGAUUCCACUGUCAGCUUCUGGCCAGUAAAACUAAAAUCUCAGUUUUAUUAACUGCUUAUCAAUGGUGAGUUUUACUUAACUCUGUCAUAUAUCAUUUGUUCCUUAAUGCUGGGGACACACUUAACGACUAGCUGAAACAUUCUAAGACUGAACUGAACACACUUACAGACUGUUUCCAACGACUGGAGUAGAUUUUAAACACCGACUGUGAACAGCGACUGAACGCAACUGGCGCGUUCUGGCAUGAUCAGACGUAAGUUUCAAAUUACAUUCAUAAUUGUCCUUGCGGUCAUUAAGUGUGUCCCCACCUUAACUUGCACAGCAUGAACUCAAUUUCGCAAGCCUCUCAUUACAUAAUUUAUGAGUAUGAAUCAUGUAAAAUACAUCUUGUGUGGACAAAUUAACUAAGUUUUCAUAUAAAAAGUAGACAUAAUAAUGACUCUACAUACUCUACAGUGUUCUAUGUGUUCACCUCUUCUGUAUUAAGUCCUUAGUACUAUAGGUCAUCUUUCUUAAAUUUUUAAUGUAAUAUACAUUUUCCUUUCCAUAAACUGUGAUUUUUUUUUUUUUACCUUUCAACAAUACUGUUCUAUAUCUUGUAAAAUAUAAAUCGUUCAUCUUAGUGCUUUGAUUAGGAAAAUAUCUAAUGGGAUGUUUUUUUCAAAGGUGCCAUCUGUAACUGUUUGUAUGUAUUUAGUCCUUUUUGGGGAAUACCACACAAUUUCGUCUCUGUUGUCUAUCCAGAUGUUCUCUCUGUAGGUCAAACGGAUGAUUGUGCUAGAUAUACUCCUGUCUGAUUAUUGAUCCUGAAGAUUUCAUCUAAAUCAUGUUAUCUGCCAAAGAAUAGCAUAAAGCACUUAAUGCAUUUGUCAUUAAAAAAUGUCAAAGUUGCAAUUUUUUUCAUUUAAUACACGUGACCAAAUGUGUAAAGCAGAUAUAUAUGAUUUUUUUUUCAAAGAAAUAUUCAAAUUUCUAUGUUAAAAAUCUGAUAAAUAAAGUCAAAAUGCCA